AUGACAGCGGCCACCGCCAACGCCAACCGCGCGUUCCCUCUCCAUCCUUUCUCCACGAAUCCACUGCUCACAAGAGACGAUGUUGUUGCAGCUGUCGCUUCUCUGCUCGACCCUCUUGCGGGCGGCGACUCCCCCCUCCACUCCAUGGUAAAAGUAGGCUGCACUGGAACACGCUUCGACGAAACCGCCGCCCAAGUCGAAGGCUAUGCACGUCCACUCUGGGGUCUUGCACCUCUUCUCGCAGGCGGUAGCAAGUAUGCAGGAACAGAUCGAUUCGUGCAAGGCCUAGUGGCAGGUACUGAUCCAGAAAGUGAAGAGUUCUGGGGGUAUAUGGAAGAUCAAGAUCAGAGGAUGGUGGAAGCAUGUCCAAUUGGAUACACGCUUGCGAUUGCGCAUCAAGAUUUCUGGGAUCCAUUAACAGACAAGCAGAAGAAGAAUAUCGAGACCUGGCUGGGCAGUAUGAAUGACAAGGAUAUGCCGAAUACGAAUUGGCUCUGGUUCCGCGUCUUUGCCAAUCUCGGACUCGCCAAAAACGGCGCUACAUGGUCGAAAUCACGUCUUGAGGCCGAUAUCAAGCAGCUCAAUACUUUCUAUCGCGGGGAUGGCUGGUCAAAUGACGGUCCCGAAGGAUAUCGUCAAAUGGACUACUACUCUGGGUCAUUUGCUAUCCACUAUCUCCAGUUGUUGUACUCAAAGCUCGCCGCAGAGACCGAUCCCACGCAGGCAGAAGAGUACAAGAACCGAGCUCGGAUGUACGCUCUGGACUUCUGCCACUACUUUGACCCCGAAGGCCGAGCCAUCACAUUUGGCCGCUCCCUGACAUACCGCUGGGCGAUGGUGGCAUUCUGGGGUUCAGUGGCCUUUGCAGAUGUCGAGCUCCCUGCACCUCUAUCCUGGGGCGUAGUACGGGGAAUCUGGCUCCGGAACCUUCGAUGGUGGACAUCGCAGAAGGACAUCUUUCAAUCCAACGGCAUGCUCAGCAUCGGCUACUCUUACCCCAACACCUAUCUCGCCGAGAACUACAACUCUCCCGGCUCCCCCUACUGGUGCAUGCUGGCAUUCGCUCCACUCGCACUCCCAGAAACCCAUCCUUUCUGGGCCUCGAAAGAAGAGCUUCACCCCUUCGCCGACCAGCGUGUCUGCAAACCACUCCCCCAUCCCCGACACAUCGUCGUCCGAAGCGGCGGGCACACAUUCCUGCUCUCUAGCGGGCAGUCCUGCCACUACGCGCUCAAAGCCACACAAGCCAAAUACGGGAAAUUCGCAUACAGCUCCGCCUUCGCAUACUCGGUACCCACAGGAUCCUACACGUUAGAACAAUACGUCCCUGAAUCCUCGCUCGCGCUGUCCGACGAUGAAGGGGAGAUCUGGAAAAUGCGACGCGCCCACAACGGCGAUUCUGAGAUUGAGAACCACGACGGCGUUCCUGUGCUCGUGUCCAGCAUGAAGCCGUGGAAGGAUGUGGAUGUGCUGACGUACCUGGUCCCGCCGGCUGAAGACACUCCGAAUUGGCAUCUGCGCGUCCAUCGGAUCAGGACUGGGCGAGAUCUCAUGACUGCGGAGGGAGCAUUUGCUGUCUGCGGUAUCCGGGAAUCUGACGGAAAGAUCUUGGCUGAGCUGAAUGAAUCUAUUUCUGAAGGUGGAAAAGUAGAUUCGUCAAGUGCGUUUGUGGCGUCCAGGUCUGGCGCUGUGGGAAUCGCCGAAUUGAACCUUGGCGAGAGGACAGGAAGCAUUCUACUGGCAGACGCGAAUUCGAAUCUGGUCGAGGCGAGAAGUGUUCUUCCUACCAUCCAUGCAGAUUUGCUAGCGGGUGAUGAGGCAUGGUUUGCUACGGCCGUCUUCGCCAUGCCUUCGAGCGUUGAGGGUUGGAAGGAGAAGUGGAAAGCUGGAUGGGAGAAGAAGCCUGGUAUCCCGAAAUGGCUUCUUGAUAGGAUUUCCGGAAGAUGGGAUUGA